GUUUGCCUUUAUUACACAAUAUGGCGGACACGCGGCUCUACGAUAUUCUUGGUGUCAGCCCCAAUGCGAACGAUACAGAGAUUAAAAAGGUAAGUUGGUUGUUUUUUGGAAGGCUGGAGUAGUCUUUGGGAAAUUCUUGAUGUGUCUAUGUGGUUUUGUCCCUUUAACGUGGCAAAAUUUUCUAGUCCUACAGGAAGCUGGCGAAAGAGUAUCACCCUGACAAAAAUCCGGACGCUGGCGACCGAGUAAGUUAGUUUUCUGGGCAAUAUUUCAGUGCUCAGUUUCUCAGAGCUUUAGUCAGUUUAGAUACUAACUGUCAUUGUUUUUGUCCAGUUUAAGGAAAUAAGCUUCGCUUACGAGGUGCUUUCAAACCCUGAAAAACGCCAACUUUAUGAUCAAUAUGGUGAGAAAGGACUGCGUGAAGGAGCUGGAAUGGGCGGUAAGUCAACUUAUUUCGAUGUUCGCUAAACUCGUUUCUUUUCCUGCAAUUGAACGUACAUUUUGAGCUUAAACAUUGCAAACGACCCAUAAUUAGUUUUCCGUUUCGAUAUGACGUAUUACGAUCCAUGUUUGGUUUUACCAAGGAAGCUGAAUUAGAAAGUCUGCUGGUUGAAAUUUGUUUCGCGUGCUUUUUGCUUUUGAACAACUUUUCGGUUAUUUACGUCCUUCUAACUAUCAUUUAUCCCUCAGGUGGUGGUAUGGAGGAUAUUUUGUCCCAUAUUUUUGGUGGUUUUGGCGGUGGAAUGUUCGGUAAGUGGAUAUUUGUGAUCCGGCUGGCGCCUGAACAUUUACGGUUCUAAGCAUGUUUAGAAUGGAAAAAAAUGCCAAAAAAGCGAAUCUCAACCGGAAGUGGAUUAAGCUAAGACUCGAAAAACUGACAAAUGAUUUAGUUCUUUCACGAUCUGCCAAGUUGCAGUUGUCGAAGUGGAAACAAAGUGGCAACAUUAUCGAGCGAUGAAAUUACACAGAUUCUGUCAGUUGUAAUCUUCUGCGGCCUUUCUUGGCCAAGGCCCCUGAAUGGCGCAGCGCAGAAAGUCAACUUUGAGAAGAUAUUGGUGUCGAGAUUUCGAUAUCAGCCCAUGUCCUCAAAACUCGGUGAUGAAUUAAGAACAUUCCUUGUAACUUGCGGCUCUUUUGGCUUACCUACGUCAUGAUAUAAUCCCUUUAUCUUGUUUCGUUGGGGGAAUUUCUGUAAUGCCCUUUUAUUUGGAAACUGUUACCCCCUCUUCUAGAGCGCACAUAAAUGUUCUAUGCGCACACGACUGACACAUCUGAAACAGGUUGAAUGUGACCGCAUAUUGUUCUUAUGCAGUUGUAGUAUAGGACAAGUAUUUUUAAAUGCUUUAUAAAAAAAUUAAAUCUGAGGCUUUUAUGAUUAUUUUUUAAAGAAAACUGAUCAGCCACUUUGUAGAGUAUAUUUUUUGUUCAAAAAUACUGUAGCACUUUAUGCCUGCAUCACUUAUUGUUAGAAACCUCUUGUCACCAGGGAAACAACAAGAAGACCUUGAGUAUAGCAUCCUGGCUGUAGAUUACAUACAUUUUUAAAGGUGUACAUUAUAAAAUUAAUAUAAACUUGUAACAUACAUUGUGGUAUAGUAGAUUAUUAAUCUUGGUCUUGAAUGGAUUAAUGAUACUUUGUAUUUUUACCAAGGUGAAUUACCAAUUUAUUUUUGACAGUAAUUUUAUUAAAUUAAAAUAAAAGUCGAUGGCUUUCUCUAAUAUAUUAUUAGUGACUGAUGAAUAGACUUAUUAUCUAACUAUAAUUACGGAAAUAUUUGCCAAAUGUAAGGAGAAUAAAUUAUUUUUGUAUAUAUUAAUAAUAAACUGAGAAAAAAGAAAUAUAUGCAUUUUUUGGUGGCUUAAAAUUGUAGACCUCAACAGUAUAUUAAUAGUAAUUUCAAUCAUAAUUUUACUGUUACUACUCCUGGGGAAAAUAUUGUUCUAAAGGUUGAAGGGAAUUGUCAGAUAAUAAUUUGUCUUAAAGGCAAGGAAGCACAAAGUUGAUGGCGGGGUAGUGAAAGUUAAUUAGGAAAUGUUACUUUCAUGUUGCCACCAGUGAUUAUAAAUUUUAAAGUCGAUGGCUUUUAUCAGGCCUUCUGAUAGCAUGAAAAAUUAUGAGAAAAUUCUGAGAAAUUUCCAGGAGGUCACAUAAAUGAGGCAAAAAAUAUUUAUGUGUUAAAUUGUACAAUUCUUUAGUCAGUAGAAUUGACAUAGAAUGUUUUCUACAGUAGGUACACAACAGCAGUUCGGUGUGAUGUUUCCGAAGUAAAAUUAACCCUGCAUUUGCCUUUGAUUUUUUGUCCAGAUUAGACAAAUUUUAUAUCUCAUGGGUGUUUUUGCGGAUUAUGUUGUUAUGAUUAUUACUGGGUGUGAGAGAAAUAGCAAAUAAUUGUAUGAAAUUACACCAUUGCUUUAUAUCAUUAGUGAUUUUGUAGUGAAUAGUGGAAAAUUCCAGAUUCCAUGAAAAAAAAAAUAAAUAAGAAGAUAAAAUAUGUCGAGA